AUGCCUCCUCGGUUAAGAUUCUCGUCGCUUCAACAACAGAUCCCUCGAUGCCAAUAUGAACUACGAAUUGCCAGGAGCGCAUCCAGCGCUGCGGCCCCGGCAAUCACGCCAGCUGCUUCCAUUGAGCAGAUGACACGCUCACCAGCUCCUGUAUCGAAAUUCCCUCCGACCCAGCUACCUUCGCACCGCAAUCCCGAAUACCGCCGGUCGCAGCUUCUGCGGUCAUACACCUCCCUUCUCCGCACAUCUCCUCUCAUCGUGCUGUUCCAACACAGCAACCUCAAGUCCAUGGAAUGGGCCGCCAUCCGACGAGAGCUAACAAUUGCUCUGCAAAAGGUGGAUGAGAAGAUUGCCGCGGAAGGCCGGACAGCUCCCGCCCUCGCUCCCUACAUUAAGAUCCAGACCAUUCAGACCAGCAUUUUCGAAGUGGCUCUGCGUAUUGUCGAGUACUUCCGGCCUAGCGAGGCUUCCCUGGCAUCAGGAAAAGCCCCCAGUGCAAUUGAUCCUGUGACACAGACCUCCGCCGAGCUCCCCACGCUUUCCGGCUCCAAGGACGACCCAGCCUUGACACACGAUUUGUCUCGCACUGCCCACGCCGCAGUGAAGAACAUGAAGGGCAUGCACGAGCUUUCCCCUUUGCUUAUCGGCCCCGUUGCCAUCCUUUCCAUCCCCACUGUCUCGCCUGAACAUAUGAAGGCUGCGCUGUCAAUUCUUUGCCCCAAGGAAGCCGGCUUCCCGGCCCCUACCCGUCGGGCAAGCCCAGAAUACCACGAGCCUAUUGUUCAGAACGGUCUCCGCAAGAUCAACUUGCUCGCUGCCCGUGUGGACAACCAGGUGUUCGAUGUCGAUCAGACCAAGUGGGUCGGCAGCAUCGAGGGUGGUAUGGACGGUCUCCGCUCCCAGCUUAUCACCGCUCUGCAGAGCAUGAGCUCCAGCGUCGCGACUACUCUGGAGGGAGCUGGUAAGAGUAUUUACUACACCCUGGAGAGCCGCCGGAGUGUUUUGGAGGACGAGGCCAAGGGACCGGAAGGCGAGAAGAGCGAAUCGUCCUAA